ACAAAUAGAUCAAUAUUUAGAAUGAUAAGUAGAAUGAUGCACCUCAUUAAUUCCUAUAUUUGAUUCACUUUAAUAUAGCUAAACUCAUUUCGUAUGUGGUCCUUUCAAGCUUCGGUCAACUAGUUUGAUUCACUGGAUCCGUUUUAUCUAGCUUACCUAAUUAAUAUAAACUUAUAAUUAUCUUGUUUUAUCUACGUUCUAUUUCAGCUCCUGGCUAGCUCUCCAGAAAACAGAGGAAUUCUCAGAUAGAUCCCACGACGAGAGCAUAAGAAGUAGAAGAUAAUUAAAGGGAUGGAGAGGCUCAAAUCGACUUUCAAAUCUCUCCGGGGAGCCGUCACAGGAGUCAGACCCAUUGGCCCCGUCUGCGUCCAGGAAGCCAACACCGAAUCCUUCCUAGGAGACGUCGACCUCUGUUCCACCUCCGAAUCCUCCGGCUCCGCGCCCAUCUCCUUAAACCUCCGGCAUAGCUCGCCCCCGCCUCGUGAGGACGACUCCACAGCACCUUCAUCGUCCUCUUCGAGCAUCGGCCACGACCUGCCCAUAGGCCCCAUCAGUUCUGAAAGAUUCUUCUUCUCGCCCUGUACCAGCAAAUCCAUCGUGGAAGAUCGGUCCUGCAAGGCUGCCUUGUGCGAGACAGUGGACGUGUCGUCGGAGGACCCGUACCGCGACUUCCUAGCGUCCAUGGAGGAGGUGGUGGCGGCGCACGAGUUGAGGGAGUGGCGCUGCCUCCAGGAGCUUCUGCAUUGCUACUUGAGGCUCAACGAGAGGAAGAACCACAAGGUCAUCGUGCUAGCGUUUGUGGAUUUGUUGAUGCGUCUCAUGGAACAGGACGAGCUAAAGUCUCGCAUGGAAGACUACCUUCCUUCUCGUUCUCGAUCGUAAGUUUUGUAAUUGAAUCAAUUGUAAUUAUUUCUUGAUCUCAAUUCAUCCAAAAAUCAGUAGGAUGGAUCAUCCUUCUUCGAUCUUAAUGUACGUACAUC